GGCGCUGAACUUUUGACGUGUAGAACGUGUUCGCCAUAAUAAACUGCACAACAAGGCUGUGCUAAUUGACAACAAGGUGGCUGUGUGGAGCUGCAGUUUGUAUUGUUUUUAACAAUACAAGUUUGCUUAGGAAGCGUCUCGAAAUUACAGUAAAAUUUAUAUUUUUUUGUGUAAAGAAUAAGGACACAACUAAGAAAAAUUGAGCAAAACAAGAUAAAUCAGCACAAAGUUAACCCGGGCUAAGCGACCUGCUGAUAUUCACAGAACAGUAGCCACCCAACUGACAGUCCCAAAGGACCAAUGCAGCUGGAUCUGUUCUGCACUGAAGCCCAAAAGUCAGGUCCCAUAUCAGUCGGUGGUUGCAACUGGAGAGGAAGUUGUGGUUAAUUUGCCAGAGCAUGGCUUCGGCAUCUGCCAGCGUGGAUUCCAAGGCGGAGCUGACCACUCUGCUGGAGCAGUGGGAGAGGGAACAGCAGGCCAGCACACCGGACCUGGUCAACAUCCUCACCAAGAUCUCAGAGUUAGUGGAGAGGGAGACUGAGGAAUAUCACAAGGCAGAUCCCGAUCCUUUUGAUGACAGGCACCCAGGGAGAGCAGACCCAGAAUGUGUCUUGGGUCACCUUCUCAAGAUCCUGUUUAAAAAUGAUGAUUUCAUGAAUGCUCUGGUUAAUAGUUAUGUGAUGACCAGCCGAGAGCUCACCCUCAACACGGCAGCCUGUCGUCUGCUGCAGAACAUCAUGCCUGGCCUGGAGACGGCUGUGGUCUUUCAGGAAAAGGAGGGCAUAGUGGAGAUGCUGUUUAAAUGGGCCCAGGAGGCUGAGCAGCCCUUGAGGAUCUACGCUACAGGCCUCCUGGCCGGAGCCAUGGAGAACCAGGACAUCGCUGCCAACUACAGGGAGGAGAACUCUGUUCUGGUGCCUCUAAUGCUACAGCGGCUGCGUGAGCUGCAGGCCAAGGACAAUGAGAACCGGAAGGAGUUCAAACGCCCCAGUCCCAGAAAGACCCUUGGGGAACCUCUCCUCCCUCUUGAUGAGGAGACUGUUGACGGGGGCUUUGAAGACACCCCCUUCCCCACUGCAAAUAACGGCGCUGAGAGAGGUGAGGAGGAGGGACCAGCGGAAGAUGAAGAGAACCCUGGCCAUGAGCCUGAUAACGAGAUCUCUUUCCAUCUCAACUACCUUAACUCCACUUACAAGACCAGCAGCCGCACCAGCUCAGCCGCAAAAGGCCCGAUGACGCCUGUGUCCGCCCCUCCAUCCCUGUCCCUUCGGGACUUCCCUGAUGGCAGGGCGGAGGGAAGCAGCCACCUCAAGAGGAGGGCAGAGAGGGAGAACGGCCGGAAGGUAAAGCAGAAGUUGAACUUCUCCCUGCCAGAGCCUGAGAGGAACUUCAGCGAGCUGUCCAACAGUAGCUGGUCUGAGAUGAGCCCCUGGGUGAUCGGGAACAAUUAUCACCUUUACCCCCUCACCCCGGAGAUGGAGCAGAGGCUCAUCCUGCAGUACCUCACCCCUCUGGGGGAGUACCAGGAGCUUCUGGCUGUCUUCAUGCAGAUGGGCGCCUGCGAGCUGCUCAUCCAUUACAUGGACCUAAAGCAGACCAAUGAUGUCCAGCUCACCUUUGAGGCUCUCAAGUACCUGGCUUCCCUGCUCCUCCAUAAGAAGUUUGCCGCCCAGUUUGUGGCCCACGGAGGGGUGCAGAAGCUGCUGGAGAUCCCCAAACCUUCAAUGGCUGCGACAGGGGUGUCCCUAUGCCUCUACUACCUGGCUUACAACCAGGACGCCAUGGAGAGGGUGUGCAUGCUGCCCCACUCCAUCCUGUCCGACGUGGUCAGCUAUACUCUGUGGCUGCUGGAGUGCUCGCAUGCCUCGGGCUGCUGCCACGCCACCAUGUUCUUCAACAUCUCCUUCUCCUUCCGAGCCGUGCUGGAGCUCUUCGACAGGCAGGACGGCCUGCGGCGCCUCGUCAACCUGAUCAGUACUUUGGAGAUCCUGAACCCUGAAGACCAGGGUGCCCUGCUGAGCGACGACCAGAUCUUCUCCAGCAGACAGACGGCCAAGCACACCUGCAUGGCCCUGCGGCGGUACUUCGAGGCGCACCUGGCCGUCAAGGUGGAGCAGGUGAAGCAGUCCCUGCAACGGACUGAGGGGGGUGCUCCUAUUCACCCACAGCCCUACUACAAGGCCUGCAGCUACACCCAUGAGCAGGUAGUGGAGAUGAUGGAGUUCCUGAUCGAGUACGGCCCAGUCCGGCUCUACUGGGAACCAGCGGAGGUCUUCCACAAGCUGUCCUGUGUACAGCUCCUCCUGCAGCUCAUCUCCAUCGCCUGUGAUUGGAGGACAUACUAUGGCAGGAGUGACACGGUACGCUAUGCCCUGGACAUCCUAAGCAUCCUCACGGUUGUCCCCAAGACACAGCUGCUGAUGGCCGAGUCUGUGGCCGUGCUGGGUGGGGAGGCAGGCAGCGCUGUCUCCACUGUGGGUAUGAGCGUGGUCCUGGUGGUGGCCGAGGGAGAGGUGUUUGUGAAUGACGCUGAGAUCCAGAAGUCUGCUCUGCAGGUGGUCAUCAACUGCGUGUGCGCCCCGGACAAACGCAUGUCCAGCAUUGGCAAGUUCAUCUCGGGCACCCCGCGCCGACGCCUGCCCCAGACCACCAAGAGCAGCGAGAGCGUGCUCACCAAGAUGUGGAACGUGGUGCAGUCCAACAACGGCAUCAAGGUUCUGUUGUCUCUGCUGACCGUGAAGAUGCCCAUCACAGAUGCGGAUCAGAUCCGGGCGCUGGCCUGUAAAGCCCUGGUAGGCCUGUCCCGGUCCAGCUCGGUCCGACAGAUCAUCAGCAAGCUGCCCCUCUUUAGCAGCGGACACAUCCAGCAGCUAAUGAAGGAGCCUGUGCUCCAGGACAAACGCAGCGAACAUGUGAAAUUCUGCAAGUUUGCCGCGGAGCUUAUCAAGCGGGUGUCUGGAAAGCCCCUCAUGAUCGGCACGGACGUCUCCCUGGCCUGGCUCCAGAGGGCCAACGUGGUGGCCCAAUCCAGGAUCUCCUUUCCCGAGAAGGAGCUCCUCCUGUUGAUCCGAAAUCACCUGGUGACCAAAGGCCUGCACGAGACUGCUACCGCACUCACCAAAGAGGCCGACCUGCCCAUGGCCAUACUCGCUCACCCGUCCUCCUCGGCGCUGCUUCCCGUCGCCCCUCCCCCUCCCCCCGCUUCCCCUGCGCCGGCCCUCCCCCGGACCCCGCGGCUGGCCAACGGGGUGGCGGCGCGGCUGGCCAGCCACGGCUCUCACCCGUCCGUGCCGCUGCUGGGUCAACCGCGGCCAUCUACGUCACAGCUCCUCGCCGCCCCGCCAACCGCCCCGCCCCUAUCGGCCCCGCACCAGAGCAACGGCUCCCCGCUCAUUGGGCGGAUAGCGUUCACGCGGGAGCGGCCGUCACCGUGCCCCGUCCCUGCCACCUGUAAGAAGGCGCGGGUGCUGAGGCAGAAGUCGGACCAUGGCGCGUUCAGCCAGAGUCCGGCCAUGAAGAAGCAGCUGGACCGCCACCUGCCCUCCCCACCCGCCCUGGACAGCAUCAUCACGGAGUACCUGAGGGAGCAGCACGCGCGCUGCAAGAACCCGGUUACCACCUGCCCCCCGUUCUCCCUCUUCACCCCCCACCAGUGUCCGGAGCCCAAGCAGAGGCGCCAGGCCCCGACCAACUUCACCUCACGACACACGCGCAGGGUUGUCUACCCCAAAUAUGGAGGGGUAGACGGGGGCUGCUUCGACAGACACCUCAUCUUUAGCAGGUUCAGGCCCAUCUCCGUGUUCAGGGAGGCAGACGAGGAUGAGAGUGGCUUCAUGUGCUGUGCCUUCUCGGCCCGCGAGCGUUUCCUGAUGCUGGGGACGUGUACGGGCCAGCUCAAACUCUACAAUGUGUUCACGGGCCAAGAGGAGGCCAGCUACAGCUGCCACAGCUCCGCCAUCACACACCUGGAGCCUUCGCGGGAUGGAUCUCUGCUGCUGACGUCGGCGUCAUGGAGUUAUCCUUUGUCUGCACUGUGGGGCAUGAAGUCAGUGUUCAUCAUGAAGCAUUCCUUCUUAGAUGACCAUUAUGUGGAGUUCAGCAAACUUUCACAAGACCGAGUCAUUGGCACAAAGGAGCACAUAGCCCAUAUCUACGACAUCCAGACGGGGCAGAAGACCCUAACCCUCAACUACCCAGACCUGGCCAACAACUACAAGAGGAACUGUGCAACCUUUAACCCCACUGAUGACCUCGUGCUAAACGACGGUGUGCUGUGGGAUGUGCGCUCGGCUCAGGCCAUCCAUAAAUUUGACAAGUUCAACAUGAACAUCAGCGGCGUUUUCCACCCAAACGGACUGGAGGUCAUCGUCAACACGGAGAUCUGGGACCUGCGGACCUUCCACCUGCUCCACACCGUGCCAGCUCUGGACCAGUGCAGGAUUGUCUUCAACAACAACGGCACGGUCAUCUAUGGUGCCAUGCUUCAGGCUGAUGAUGAGGAUGACAUGAUGGAGAUGCAGAUGAAGACUCCCUUUGGCUCCUCCUUCAGGACGUUCAACGCCACAGACUACAAACCCAUUGCCACCAUCGAUGUGAAGAGGAAUAUCUUCGACCUCUGCACGGAUACUAAGGACUGCUAUCUGGCUGUGAUCGAGAACCAGGACUCUGUCAACACAGACACCGUGUGCCGGCUGUAUGAGGUGGGACGCCAGAGACUGGCUGAGGAGGAGGAGGAUGAAGACGACCAGGAAGAUGAUGACCAAGAGGAUGACGACGACGACGAAGAUGACUCGGAUGAUGACAUGGACACAGACCCCCUGGUCACCGAGCUGGACAACGACAAUGGAGGAGAGGAUGAGGAAGACGAGGAAGAUGGGAACAAUGAUUUCUCUCCCUCUGACGAUGAGGAGGUGGCCCGUCUGCUUGAGGCCGAUGGGGAGGAGGAGGAAGAUGAUGAGGAUGACGAAGACGAUGAUUCAGACGACGAUGAGGAAGAUGGAGACCUGGCCCUGGAUAACACAGACAGCUCUGACAACUCCGACCUUGAGGAUGACAUCAUUCUGUCCCUGAACGAGUGAGGAGCCGUCAGUGUCUAGGACAUGUUGCCGUAGUUGAACUCAUAAACAACAGGGACAAGACUGUAAGGUACAGCAGAGUUCGGUAAGACUGAGUCAGGGGUGGACGGAUUUGGGUAAAUGAACCAAGUCAACUGAAAGCACUGCCAGUUUGGAAAUCUGUCCAGUGGCCUCUCCCACCCUAGGAACAGUACCGGAAGAAGUGGAGUGUCAGUUCGUGGGCCAGAAGAAAGCUUUGCCUUUGCAGAGCAUUUCCACAGAACUCAUGCUCCCGAAACAAGAUUUGUAUAUAAUAUAGUUUUAUAUUACACAGACGUCAUGGGUGGAUUAAAAAAAAAGUUUGUUCAGACUGAACCGAAGUUGGGGUUCAAAUUUUUUUGAUUCCAUUAAAGUUCUUUCAAAAGUG